CAGAUUUCUGUAGCUCAAACAGGGAAAUGGCUUCAGUAAAUGUUUCUGCAGACGAACUCUCUUGUCCCGUGUGCUGUGAAAUCUUCAAGAAUCCUGUUCUUUUAUCAUGCAGUCACAGUGUGUGUAAAGAGUGUCUUCAACAGUUCUGGAGAACCAAGACAACUCUGGAGUGUCCUGUUUGCCGGAGAUUGUCAAGUCACGAUCCUCCAUGUAAUCUAGUAUUGAAAAACCUGUGUGAGUUGUUCCUGAAGGGGAGAAAUGAGAGAUGUUCAUCGGUAUUUGAGGAGAUCUGCAGUUUACACAGUGAGAAACUCAAACUCUUCUGUCUGGAGGACAAACAGCCUGCGUGUGUAGUGUGUGCUACUUCACAACAACACGACAAUCACAAAUUCAGACCCAUCAGUGAAGUGGUUUCUUCAUAUAAGGAGGAGCUCAAUACAGCACUGAAAUCUUUACAGGAGAAACUCAAACACAAUAAUAAAAUUAAAGCAGAGUUUGAGAAAACAGUUCAACACAUCAAGUUUCAAGCUGAUCACACAGAGCGUCAGAUUAAACAUGAGUUUGAGAAGCUUCAUCAGUUUCUCCGAGAUGAAGAAGAAGCUACAAUCACUGCACUGAGAGAGGAAGAGGAGCAGAAGAAGCAGAUGAUGAAGGAGAAGCUGGAGGAGAUGAACACACACAUCUCAGCUCUUUCACACACGAUCAAAGACACGGAGGAGAUGCUGAAAGCCAAUGACGUCUGCUUUCUAAAGGAGUUUCCAGUCUCGAUGGAAAGAGUCCAGAUCUCACAGCCGGAUCCACAGACGCCUUCUGGAGCUUUGAUUCAUGUGUCUCGCUACUUGGGGAACCUGCCGUUCAGAGUCUGGAAGAAGAUGCAGGACAUCGUCCACUACACUCCUGUCAUUCUGGAUCCAAACACUGCAAAUCCACGUCUCGUCCUGUCUGAUGAUCUGACCAGUGUGAGGUACAGCAGGAACAAUCUACCUGUUCCUGAUAAUCCAGAGAGAUUUGACUUUUACUCAUGUGUUCUGGGUUCAGAGGGUUUUACCUCAGGAAAACACUGCUGGGUUGUGGAGGUCAAAGAGAGUCCAUGCUGGAUUCUUGGAGUAUCUACAGCAUCAAACCAGAGGAAGGGAAAUGUUUUCUUUAGCACUGGUGUCUGGAGUGUGCGGUAUAAUACAGCUAUUAGCUCUGGCUUUACUGUUAAACAGGAUCUCGAGUGUGUGAGAGUUGAUCUGGACUGUGACAGAGGAACAGUGUCUUUCUCUGAUCCUGUAACAAACACACAUCUACACACAUUCACCACCACCUUCACUGAGUCUGUCUUUCCUUUCUUCUGGUGUGGUAGUCUUGUCUAUCUGAGGAUCUUACCGCUCAGUAGUCAGUCAAAGUUACACCUGUAGGUCUGCAUCUUCUUUCAUAUGUAAUUCACAUUGGUUGGUCCAGCACUGCAGACA